UAAUUCAACACUGAUUUCUCCGCGAAUGAGCGAGGAACAGACGAGAUGCCAAAAACUCCAGCAAGAAGCAUUGUUUGGACUUUAGGAAAACUCGCGUUGUGAAUAACCGAGAAAAGGAGACGAUUUCAGGCGGCGUGCUUUUUCUUCAUGAACUUUCACGAGCGCUGUGACCAUGCAGCCUUUGAGCUAGUGCACGAUUAUUGUUUCCACUUAUCACCCAACUGAGUGAUCAGUUUGAGAGAGGAAGCCAAUAAAAAAGGAAAAGGAAGACUAAUAAAGACAGUUGCCGCUGAAAGUAAUGGUCCGAAGAUAUCACUCAUAGAGCAGGAUUUUUUUUCGCUUUUGCGUUGCUCUUCUCGAGGUUUUUGGGAUCGCUGGGACAUUUCACCAAAGCUGGAAGCGACAGAUCCACAUGGUCCAGCCCGUAGAGUGAAAGUUGAGUUCUCCACAAUAUCCGAACAGGUGACACGUGAUGAUGGUAGAAUCAGCAACUGAGACCAUUCGAACAACACCCUCCAAUCAAAAUGGAGUCAGCAGUCUAAGCAGCCAAUCAGACGGUGGAGGAAGAGAGGGCGGCUCCAACGGUGACACCAAUGGGGAGAUCAGUCCAGUGGAUUUACUGCACCUUCAACAGCAGCAGGCCCUCCAGGCAGCACGGCAGUUCAUCCUCCAGCAGGCCACAGGACUCAAUUCCCCCAGCAGCGAGGUCAAACAAAACCAUGUACAGGUGCCUGUAUCCAUGGCGAUGAUGACCCCUCAGAUGAUAACUCCUCAGCAGAUGCAGCAGAUCCUCUCUCCACCUCAGCUCCAAGCUUUACUUCAACAGCAACAAGCCCUAAUGCUGCAACAGCUGCAGGAGUACUAUAAGAAGCAACAGGAGCAGUUGCACCUCCAGCUUCUAACCCAGCAGCAGCAGCAAGCAGGGAAGCAGGCCAAAGAGCAGCAGCAGUUGGGGAAUAAACAGCUGGCUUUCCAGCAGCAGCUGAUGCAGAUGCAACAAUUACAGCAGCAACACAUUCUGAAUCUACAAAGACAGGGCCUGGUGAACCUACAGCCGGGCCAAGGAGCCGUACCCAUUCAGAGCCUGCAGCAAGCCAUGUGUCCCACUGACCUGCAGCAGUUGUGGAAGGACGUGGCAGGCAUUCAGAGCACAGAGGAGGUCAUGAAACAUGAGGGCCUCGAUCUGACCACCAACAGCUCCAAUUCUACCUCAUACUCGGCCUCCAAGGUCUCACCUCAGAUCCCCCAUCAUCCUUUGCCAAAUGGACAGAACUCUGUGCACACUCCAAAGAGAGACAGAGCAAGACUCUUUGAGUGGAUCUCGUCCUUCACCAAGGAGUCCAGUGACGAUCAUCUCACGCCUUACUCCAAAAGCGCUCCCCUCCAGAGCUCCCACUCGACCCACGAGGAACACACGGCCUCGCACCCGCUCUACGGACACGGCGAGUGCAAGUGGCCUGGCUGCGAGGCGCUCUGCGAUGACAUGGGCCAGUUCAUCAAGCACCUGAACAGCGAGCACGCCCUGGACGAUCGCAGCACAGCCCAGUGCAGGGUCCAGAUGCAGGUCGUUCAACAGCUGGAGAUACAGCUGGCCAAAGAGAGCGAGCGUCUGCAGGCCAUGAUGACCCACCUGCACAUGCGUCCAUCAGAGCCAAAGCAUUUCAACCAACCUCUGAACCUGGCCUCUAGUGUGUCAAUGUCGAAACGAGAAAACGAAGGGUUUCCUGAGGGCUUGCCACACCCCCCCACCUCAGCUGCCACCCCCAUCACCCCCAUGAGGCAGGGACCCUCCGUCAUCAGCUCCUCCAGCCUGCACGGAGUCGGACCCAUCCGUCGCCGCAACUCAGACAAGUUCUGCACCCCCAUCGCAUCGGAACUCGCACAGAAUUGUGAAUUCUACAAAAACGCUGAUGUCAGGCCUCCAUUCACCUAUGCUUCUCUCAUACGACACGCCAUUCUGGAAGCUCCCGACCGUCAGCUGACUCUAAAUGAGAUCUACAACUGGUUUACACGAAUGUUCGCCUAUUUCAGGAGAAACACAGCAACAUGGAAGAAUGCUGUGCGCCAUAACCUGAGUCUGCACAAGUGCUUUGUGCGAGUGGAGAACGUCAAGGGUGCCGUCUGGACCGUGGACGAAGUGGAAUACCAAAAGAGGAGACCACCAAAGAUGACCGGAAGUCCCACACUCGUGAAGAAUAUGAUUUCCGGACUGGGAUUCGGCUCCCUGAAUGCCAGUUAUCAGGCUGCACUUGCGGAAAGCAGUCUUGGUCUUCUGAACAGCCCCACCCUGUUGAACAACAGCACAGGUGCGAGCCUUAACAUGCUGCACGUCGGUCACGAUGAUGUCAGCAGCACUGUUGAACAGGUCAACAGUAACGGCAGCUGCAGCCCUGGCCUCUCUCCACAGCAGUAUGGACACCAGGUUCAUGUGAAGGAGGAGCCAGCUGAGAUGGAAGAGGAUAGCAGACCCAUGUCCCUCAUGGCAUCUGUCACUCAAAACAUGAGCAUGCCCGGUGACGAGCGCGACAUGGAGGAGGAUCUUCCAACAGAGGAGCUGGAGUAAAAGCGAUGUGGUGGAGGCGGAGCUUACUGGCCUAGCCCCUCCCUCAUAUUCAAGGUGUUCAAGAAAACAAAGAUCCAAAACCAACUACAACUUCGAAAACCAAAACAGGGUUAGACCUCAUCAGUUUAUAAAGCAAAAAACACGACAUGCUUUUAUCCCCUUCAUUUUUUUUUAUUUCUUCGGUCAGUAUCCUCAAAAAGACACUUUUGCGUUUGAGACCGCCUGUGUUUUGAAAUAUGCUAUGUUAGAAGUACGGACCACCGCAGAGCUACUGAGGGAAACCUGACAAGAUAUAACAUCAGUAUACUCACGCAAGUGUGUAUAGUCGGUUUUUUUUUCUUUUCGGAAGUCACCUGAGGUUUCUCCGUUUUAAGUCUUUUUAGCUCUAAUGUUCUUUGGGCCUGAGAACACCGCUUUUCUAUGGGAUACAUACACGGAGGUGAUUUACCUCAGAAAGAAAAAAGAGGGAAAAGAUGAGAAAAACACAUCUUUAGAAUGACUUCUGCUUUCAUCCAGAUUUUUUCUAUAGGGAUGCUGCAAGACUCCGUAACUUUGCCGUCACGCAGUUAAGUUCACCACUCCUGACAAAAGCAAAGCAAAGACUGAAACACAACAAGCUGUAAGACUGGCAACGGCAUCCCGGGUCACCUCCUUUUUCUUUGUCUGUUUCCCGUUUACAUGACUGGACUCGCAGCGCGAGGUGUGCUGUCUCGGGGCAGCAUUAACCUCUCUGAUCAGACAGUGGCUGCGCGCCCUCCUUAUCUUUAGCCAAACUUAAAGUAGAAAAUGUUGCCACCCCCAAAAAGGCCUAUUUCAGGAAAAGGAACUUUUGCUGUUGUUCUCCUGUGGUGCUGUUAUGACAGCCAGACUGACCCGAGGCUUGAGGAGGACCGGCUCAGAGACUCUAUUGACUGUAUUGUUGAUUAUAAUAUGUGUGCAGUAGCUUUCGAUUUCUCCUUUUGCUUUACCGUCAUAGUCGUUUAUUUCUAAAUGAUCAACGUUUUUCAUUGUGGUAUUAUUCAAUUAUUAUAUGUCUUCUGUUGAUGAUUUUUUUUCUCUCUUAUCAUUCCAAAAAAAAAGUUUCGUUCGGGAGAGAAGUUCCAAACAACCCCCCCCCCCCCCAAAAAAACCCCUCCAAACUUACCCCCAGAGUUAGAUGAAUGAGGAUAGCACUUACUAAGUGACAGAUGCGGAAAUAGUGAACGGUACCACAGAUCUAACAUCAAAUACUAAGGUAACAAACCACUCAAACCAUUAUAAAGCAGAGAGAAGCUGAAACUAAAGAGACGAGGUUUAAUACACAAUGCAGGGCUCCCUGUAAGAUCCUAAAAUUAACUUUACAGGCAUUUGUUCCUCACAAGCAUUUUUAUUUUGCACCAUUUAUAUCUUUUAUUUCAAAGUUUUCUGUGGAAGCCAAUUGAUAUCAGCUGCGAUACAAAAUAUUGCUUUAAUGUAAAAGAUAACACGGUCACAGAAUACCUCAGAACACAGUGUUUGCCCCCUCAUGCUGUUAUUACAAAGGGGAUUUGUGCUGUGGUUAACCAACACGGUGACUCUUUCAUUAUCAGUUCUGUAGUUAGUAGAUAUAUAAAAGUUAUUUGCAAUUCACUGUGUCGGUAGAAAGUGAUUAGCAUGUGAGAUUUUGCUUUUGCUGAACUAUAAAAGAAACGUUUCUCAGUAUAGUGUCAUGCCAAAUUCCAAGUUUUAAUUUAAUAUAUGUUGCUUUUUUCGUUUUCCCCAUUUUACUUUUGUUACAGGUAACCAAAGAGAUAUUUAGUAAACCAAAAAAACUCUUUUUUUUUAUUUAUCCUUUCUUUUCCUAAAGAACUGGCCAAAAGAACACAAACACGUCAUUUUAAAAUAAUAUGUUUGUUUUUUUUCCGUUAAAUAAUUUGUUUUUAACUUACACUACAGAGCAUUCCAAAAACCAAAGUGUAAAAUGCAUAUGCUUUUUUUCAUAAAAGGAGAGAACUGUUUAGAUAUAUGUUGUUAACCUGAUGAGUUAUUAACACUACAUAUGUUUAAAGGCCAAAUAAGCAAACUGAAAAGGAAACAAAAAUGCAAAAAAGCAGUAUUAAAAAAGCCUCUUGCUGUUCAUUAGUUAAUAUGAGAAGCACUUAGGAUUUGAUUUUACCCCAUCUUGUGCUCAGGCGAUUGCGGUGUUGAGAAUGCAGUCUAACUGUGGGAUUACACCAAUUUCGCAUUGCGUUGCUCACUCUAGAUUACUCGCGGGAUUUAACUUCGAAAAUGUUCAACUUGGGCGAAGACGCGUUUGAGGCGAAUAGCACGUGUUUUCACAGCAAACACUCCGCCCAUAUCGCAUCAUUCGCAUCGCCCCGCGAGGACGCGUCUGAUUACGUCUUUGCAUUGACUUUGUAUGUAAUCUACUCGCGCAAAUCGUUGAACUCGCAUCUGGUGUAAACCCACAGUAAUGCUACGUACACACCAAGCGCGGGGCAUCGCGUUACUCACUCUAGAUUACUUGCGGGAUUUAACUUCGUGUCAUGCGAAUUUUUCGCUUGAGUUAAAUAUUUUCAACUUGGGCGAAGAUGCGUUUGAGGCGAAUAGCGCGUGUUUUCACGGCAAACGCGCCACCCAUAUCGCAUCACUCGCAUCGCCCCGCGAGGACGCGUCUGAUAACGUCUUUGCAUUGACUUUGUAUGUAAUCUACUCGCGCAAAUCGUUGAACUCGCAUCUGGUGUAAAAUGCUACGUACACACCAAGCGCAGGGCAUCGUGUUACUCGCUCUAGAUUACUCGCGGGAUUUAACUUCGUGUCAUGCAAAUUUUUCACUCAAGUUGAAUAUUUUCAACUUGGGCGAAGAUGCGUUUGAGGAUAAUAGCGCGUGUUUUCGCUGUUAACGCGCCACCCAUAUUGCGUCAUUCGCAUCGCCCCACGCAAGGACGCGUCUGAUUGCGUCUUUGCAUUGACUUUGUAUGUAAUUUACUCACGCAAAUUGUGAACUCGCAUCUGGUGUAAACCCACAGUAAUGCUACGUACACACCAAGCGCGGGGCAUUGCAUUACUCGCUCUAGAUUACUCGCGGGAUUUAACUUCGUGCCAUGCGAAUUUUUCGCUUGAGUUGAAUACUUUCAACUUGGGCGAAGAUGCGUUUGAGGCGAAUAGCGCGUGUUUUCGCUGUAAACGUGCCGUCCAUAUUGCGUCAUUCGCAUCGCCCCGCGCAAGGACGCAUCUGAUUGCGUCUUUGCAUUGACUUUGUAUGUAAUCUACUCGCGCAAAUCGUUGAACUCGCGUCUGGUGUAGACCCACGGUUAGAGGAAGAUUCACCCUCGGAGAUUGCAAAAGGCACUUGAAUAACAGUGAUGUACUUUCAUGCAAAUUACUCAGCAUUAUGGUUUACCUAACAGAAUUACUCUCUUAGCAGUAUUUUAAAAUAACAAAUACCAAAAAAGCAGUCAAACAUUGAAACACUGAAAUUCAGUUUCUUGCUUAUCUAUACUUUCCUAGCGCAUUAAACAGUAUUAUUUACCGCACAAAUAACAGAGAACUAAAUACAAGGGACAAAAAGACUUUUUGAAUCAUUUUCCACAUUUUUGACGUAAGGGGAUCUUUUUGCUUGUUGUUUUUAAGGUCACAGAAGAGAGGUGUAUGCUCAUACUGUACAUCUGUAAGGAAUUAAAACCAAAAAUAAUUCUACCUCCUUUUCAAAAUGGUUCACGACAUAGAAAAGGCCAAUGAAAGUCACCUUCAAGGUGUUGUCCUUCAAAAAACAACCAAAAUAGGAUUGUUAUACCGAUUCUCAAUUCCAAAUUCAUUAGCAUGAAUGGAAGCAAAUAAAUGAGACACAAUAAAAAAAAACGAAAUAAAAGUCUACCUCUCCAUCCCCUUCUGAAAAAGAUGCCGAGUCCUGUUAAGUAUGAGGCAUUUAGUGGUCAACAUAUUUAAAAGGGUCUACUCCAAAUCACACAUUGCCCACUUUAAGUGAUCUAUUAGCAUAGUGUCUAUGUACAGGUCCUCAAUGCGGAGGUUUAAUUGUCUGUUCUAAUUCCGCAUGCAUAAUGAAAGGCCAGGCCAAUGAGAGCCAUCGAGCCUGCUGGUCAUUAGAGCAUACUCAAUGAGCCAGUCAGUUGGCUGUCAGAAAUGAUGAUAGGCAGAAUGCAUUAACGUAGGCCACUCUUACAUGGACCUCGCUUCCCAAUUAAUGCAAAGUAUAGCUCGCACGUGCACACAAGCAUCCCUGAGAGAUCAUCACGCUCCUGGUAGCGGUUACUCUGGUAAAACAGGCUUUUAUUUUGUACCGUAGACCACUCGAAGAGCGAACGCACUAAAUGCCUGCAGAUGAAACCAAAAUAUCCAAAGAGAAACAUCGUGCUACAAUAAUGACUGCAAAGGAAUUCAAAAACAAAUUGCUGCAUUCAAUAAAUGGACUACAAUUGUGCUUUAAGGUACACCUGUAAACACAGCUGUUUUAUAAAGAUGUAGACUGAAACACAUCGGUAUUAGUGAUCGCCAUGAUUUUCUUCAUUACUUUUACAGACAUGUUGUAUUAUUGUAUACAAACAUGUAUAAUGAUGUGUUAUUGUAUACUACAGCUUUGGCUUAGCUCUCAAGGGCAUUCCCUCUUUUUCAUUUACUUUUUCGUUAUUGUUUUAUUUUUUUGCACCUGUUUAGCUAUUGUAAAGUUUCGAGCUCAGAGUUCCUAUACUGUAUUGCUUAUGCUAAAAAGUGUAUGUAUUUAUCAUAUAUGUGCUGCAGGUAUCAUGGUUUUGCUUUUGGGUUUUGAUUGUUUUCUUUUUGUUUUCCCAGUUUUAAUUGAUUUUUAUUUUAAUUUUAGAUUUUUGUGUAUUAUCUCUCAGAAAAAAAGAAAAGAUUAAAAGUUAGAUAAGUGGUUUAGGUAACACACCUGUUUGUAUAUUUAUCUUAGCUAGGUCUAUUUUGAUACUUUUUGUCUCUGUAGUGCAUUUAUGCAUUUUUAAGGAAAAAAGAGAGAAAACAAAACUAAAAAGUUGAACUCAUUGUGUAAUGAUACCUCAGAAGGACUUUUCUCAAAAGACAGGACCAAAAUUUCAGCGAAAGAGAAAAAAAUUGAAGAAAAAUAUGUAGCCCUCUCUUGCUUAUAAGAAAGAGCAAAUCUAAGGUAUUUUGUUUUUUAAUUUUUUUUUUUUUGGUCCUUUUUGGUGCCAAUAUCUGUACAGACUCCCUUUAAAUCAAAUCAUUCCUUUAUUUACCAUUAGCACUCAAAGCUGUCUUUCAUAAGGCAACAGGACUCUAGAUCUAGCUUGGUAGCACCAAAAAUGGGACCAAGACAAACACUCAUACAGUAAAGACCAUUUUUGGUAUCAUAAAAACACUAACUGCUGUGCAUGUAGUGAGACUUUUUCCACAAUAGCAUACCAAAUAAGAUUUUUAGGCUUUUAGUCACCACCAAAGGGGUUGUUGGUAGACAUCCGUAUUCCAAAUUGAUAAAGUCUGCCAUUGUAACCAAACAAAUGCGUGACGAAGGUGACAGAGCAGUAUUUUAUGUCUCACUAUCCUUUAUAGCGACAGCAGUUAUCCGCGCUAUAACCCUUAGCGUCCUCUUUACGCCGGUUCGAGGUCUUUGAUAGGCUCGGAGCUCCAUUGCCCAGUGAUUAAUAGCUUUGAGCUGCCAUUCUCCAGGUAAAAGAUCCCUGCCCGGGAGCUUUGCCUGAUGGGAUUAACUUCCUCAGCCAAUUAAAUGGAACUACCACUUCGACUCUCCUCUCAUUGUAUUUUUACGAAUGUGUGUACAUUUUCAACAGUGACUUAUAUGUACUUAGUUUCGUUUUAAUUGUUUCGUUUACUUCUCUUUAUUUUUUUACAUUUGUUUUGCUUUUCCAGAUGAGACUUGGGGGAGGAAUAGGUGGUGGCUUUGAAAUGGUAUAGAAAAUGAAAAAAGGCAACUAGCCACCCACCUUUCUCGUUCUAACCCCGGUGACCAUGUUUAUGCGAGUCACUGCCGUUUUUCCUCAUGCUGUAUAAAAAACACAUAUAUCUGUGUAUUUGUAACCUGAAUCUUCUUGUGUCUGUCCAUGCAGACAAUAAAAAAACUGUACAGUAGGUCUAGUUGCAUGUAAUCUGUACUAAUUAUUGACAAUGGCAUUAUAAAAUGCAAUAAAAAUACUUAUUACACUGUCUAA